UCAAGAAGAUAUUUUUAUUUUCAAACCAAGGAGAUCCUGUUCAUGAAAACAGAUGUUCUAGAAAUAUGUUUAGAUGUUUCAAAUAAAUAUAAUUUUAGCUGAAGCAAAAGGUGAAAGAUGAGUCCACCACAAAUGCUAUUCAUUGCAAUUGCAACGUGCUCCAUUGAAAAGCCAUGUAUUAGUCCUCAGUAAAAACUCUUUUAUUGCAGCCUACUUUCUUCACGCCAAGCUAGGCCUACUAAACGAGCCAAAUUGAUUCAGAACAGUCAAGCCAUGUCAUAAGAGGACACACCUCCCACAAGUGAAGUGACAGGGCUCAACGCCAAAAACGGUGGCUGAUGAUGAAUACCCAUCAGUGGGCAAGUGAUAACCAAACUGAAUAUAUUGGCAAAUAGUCACCAUUCGUACUAUGUAAACAACCAAGACGUCAACAGGAAAUGAAAAUAAUGACCACGAAUCAAGAAUGUUUGUCGCUAUCCGUUCAUCAGCUGACGGUCAAGCUGACGUUAUCGCUAACUGCUGCUAGCUCACCCAGCUAACAUUAGCAACCUCGCCCAUUGAGAACUGAAAGAGCUUCCUUGCUAUGACUGAGAGAUGGACGAGGGCGCAGAACUUGAAAAUAAAUAACAGAUUGUGUGUUGAUACUACAUUUGUGAUGAUGACACUUAACAAUACAGCACUUCAGUCAGAACCAGAUUCAUUCAGAAAUAGACUGACUUGCUGUUAUUUUGUGCACCACAUAAGCGUAGAAUUUUAAAGGAACCCUUGCAGAGGGUGAGCGGAACCGGUAGCAUUCUAUUCAACAAUACAGCACGCAACUAGUUACUGUAACGUUCUAAAAAAGAUACAAAGUCAGCGGUGUGUUACAAUUACACACAAUGUUUCGCAUAUACUCCUGAAAUUGUAACAUUAUUGCCUAGCUGACAUAGACAUUCCACUCCCUACCCACCCAGUUAGCUUGCUAGCUAAGCACUACUGACUUCCUGUUUUAGGGAACCAGAGGACCUUCCCUGAUCAACUUUCUUCAGCAAGCCGGAAAUUACCACCCCGGCGCUGCGAAAGACUAUCUUCCGGGAGCGAUGGCUGCAAUUGGGACAUGGGCUUUUUCCUACCCAGCUGUGAGGCAAAUGAAGGAUUUGAUUUUAUCAGGAGAACAUGCCACAGAUGUGGUUGAGAGAGCAGUGGCAGAGGUUGAGGAUGACAAGGAGACCGGACAUCACAUCGUGGGCCGAGGAGGGUUUCCCAACAGCCUGGGAAUGUUGGAGUGUGAUGCUGCCAUUAUGGAAGGUCGUCCUGGACAAUUUGGGGCCGUUGCAGCACUUAAGGGGGUUGGGACACCCUGUAAGGUGGCGAGGAAGGUGAUGGAGAAUAGCCCCCACAGUCUGCUGGUAGGAGAGGGAGCUCAGCAGUUUGCCGUGGAGCAGGGCUUUACUGUGGAGCCCAAUGACAACAUGCUAAGCGACCGCUCAGCCUCGGCUUAUCAGGACUUCCUGGAAAAGAAGAGCAAAGUCAGAGGACACGAUACAUUAGGAGUUAUUGCUCUUGACCUGAAGGGAAACAUAACAGUAGGCGUUUCCACAUCAGGAGCCCCGUUCAAGUCUCCUGGGAGAGUUGGGGACUCUCCACUGCCAGGCUGUGGCCUGUUUGCAGACCACACAGUUGGAGCAGCAGCAGCCACCGGUGAUGGAGAUAAAAUCAUGUGCUACUGCCCAUCCUUCCAUGUAGUGCAGUUAAUGAAGCAGGGAUCAACCCCCAGUGAAGCUUGCCACAUCGUCCUUACUGACAUCAUGACGAAAACCGAACCGGACAAAUGCUUUGAGAUUGGACUGAUUGCUUUAAAUAUGAAGGGAGAGGUGGGGGCUGCAUCUUCUGUCGAGUUCCCGUACACAUUCUGGAACCAGUCAUAUGAUGCUGUUCAGGAAUGUACACAGUUGUCCCCCUCUUGACACAAUGCUACUAAUAAAAGUUUUUCUGUCCUA